UAUUUCUCUUUCAGAUAUCGCAGCGGCGCGAGGAAGAGGAAGAGGAAGAGGAAGGGGGGAGGGAAAAUGGUUUCCUUGAAGCUGCAGAAGCGGCUCGCCGCGAGCGUCCUCAAGUGUGGGAGAGGGAAGGUUUGGCUUGACCCCAAUGAAGGCAACGAGAUCUCCAUGGCCAACUCCAGGCAAAACAUUAGAAAGUUGGUCAAGGAUGGGUUCAUAAUAAGGAAGCCAACAAAGAUCCACUCUCGAUCUCGUGCACGGAGAAUGAAGGAGGCUAAAAGGAAGGGACGCCAUUCUGGAUAUGGUAAACGUAAGGGUACCAGAGAGGCAAGGCUUCCUACCAAGAUUCUCUGGAUGAGGAGGAUGCGGGUCUUGAGGCGCUUGUUGCGCAAAUAUAGAGAAGCAAAGAAAAUUGACAAGCACAUGUACCACGACAUGUAUAUGAAGGUUAAAGGUAAUGUCUUUAAGAACAAAAGGGUGUUGAUGGAAAGUAUUCACAAGUCCAAAGCUGAGAAGGCGAGAGAGAAGACUUUGUCUGACCAGUUUGAGGCAAAGAGGGCUAAGAACAAGGCUAGCAGGGAAAGGAAGCAUGCUAGGAGGGAGGAGCGAUUUGCCCAGGGCCCUGUAGAGCGAGCACCAGCAGCACCAGUUCCACAACCAUCUGAGGGAACUAAGAAAUCCAAAAAAUGAGAUGAAUGUUCUGGGAGAGUAUCCAUCGACGGGUAAUGAAGAAAUAGCCUUUGGCUUGUUAUUGGGCCUUUAAGAUUUUAGGUUCUUUUUUCUUUUUCUUUCUUCCCCUUGCCAUACAGAGUAAAGAAGUCACCAGGUUGUAAAACUUCUAUUAGUUGUCUGUUUGGUUUUGGUUUUGACUGAUGAUUUUAGUAUCAACAAAUUUUCAAGACGACAGUUAGUUUUGUUUUGGAUUCAUAAAUGUGAUAUUGCAAGCCA